CUCCAUUGAAGCACCUCACUCUCUUUCUCUCUUCACUCUCACCUACCAUGGAUCAGUUCUUAAUCGACAUAGGCAUCCUCUGUUUCGCAGCUCUGUUCCUCCGCAUAUGGUGGCGCCGUUCAUCUCUCACCGGCGCCGGCCGACCCAAAAACUUACCUCCAGGUCCUCCGGGCUGGCCAUUGGUCGGAAACCUACUUCAAGUUGUCUUCAACCGUAAACACUUCAUCUACAUCAUUCGAGAUUUAAGAAAAACCUAUGGCCCGAUCUUCACCAUGAAAAUGGGUCAACGAACACUUGUAAUUGUUACGGAUCCAGAUCUGAUCCAUGAGGCACUCGUGCAGCGUGGCCCGCUUUACGCUAGCCGACCCAUGGACUCCCCGAUCCGAUUGGUGUUUAGUGUCGGCAAGUGCGCCAUGAAUUCGGCCCUUUACGGGCCGUUAUGGCGAACUCUUAGAAGGAACUUUGUAACAGAAGUUGUUAACCCGACCCGGAUCCGACAAUGUGUGUGGAUACGUAAAUGGGCACUUGAGAAUCAUCUUAAGAGGAUGCAGACUGAAGCUUUGGAGAAAGGGUUUGUUGAGGUUAUUAGUAAUUGUCGUUUGACUAUAUGUAGUGUUCUUAUUUGUCUAUGUUUCGGGGCGAAGAUUUCGGAGAAAAGGAUUAACGAGAUCGAGACGGUUCUUAAGGAGGUUAUGUUGAUGACGGCGCCGAAAUUGCCCGACUUUUUGCCGGCGCUUACGCCGUUGUUCCGACGACAGCUCAAGGAGGCGCAUAAGUUGAGGGAAAAACAAUUGAAAUGUUUGGUUCCGUUGGUUCGAGAGAGGAGGGAAUUUGUGGAAAGCGGUGAGAAACCGGGGAAAUUGGGAUCGAAGAUGGUUAGUCCAAUCGGGGCGGCGUACAUUGACUCUUUGUUUAGUCUUGACCCGCCCGAACGAGGACAGCUCGGGGACGAGGAAUUGGUGACGCUUUGCUCUGAGGUCAUAAGCGCCGGUACGGAUACCAGCGCGAUGACUUUGGAGUGGGCUUUGUACCACAUUGUGACAGAUCAAGGGAUUCAAGAAAAGCUUUACGACGAGAUAGUCUCAGUGGUGGGGAAAACCGGGACGAUUACGGAGGAAAACGUCGAGAAGAUGCCUUAUUUGGCGGCGAUUGUGAAAGAGACGUUCCGACGACAACCACCAAGUCAUUUCUUGCUAUCGCACUCGGCAGGGAAAGAGACGGAAUUGGGAGGUUAUACAAUUCCAGCGGAUGCGAGCGUGGAGUUCUACACAGCUUGGAUGACUGAGGAUCCGAGAUUUUGGUCGGAUCCUAAGGUGUUUCGACCCGAGAGGUUUCUUCCCGGAGGGGAAGGGUUUGAUGUCGAUGUGACGGGGACUAGAGGGGCGAGGAUGCUUCCAUUUGGGGCGGGGCGAAGAAUUUGCCCCGCCUGGAGUUUGGGAAUGUUACAUGUUUAUCUAAUGUUGGCCAAGAUGGUGCAUGAAUUUAGAUGGUUACCGGUUACUGGUGCCCCGCCCGAUCCGACCGAGACUUUCGCUUUCACCGUUGUCAUGAAAAAUCCUCUCAAGGCGAUGAUUCUUCCAAGGAUGGUUUGAUUGUUUGAUGUUUCCGGUAAUAUUUUCCUUUAAGUAUGCUUUUUAUUUGGUUGGAUUUUAUGUACUCCAAAUAAUUAAAAUAUUUACACU